AUGGCCUUCAGUUUUACACAAUCUAAUCUGGAUGUGAAACUACAAUUAGAUGCAGACUUGGAAGGAAUUUUAAAGGAAACUCAGAACCUAUUCCAGAAUUACACUAAAACUCAACGACAAUUAAAUAAUUCCAAGUUGGAAAUCCAACUGUCAAAGGAUGAACUGGAUGCUCUAAAGCAUCGAGUAGAAUCCAGCGCCCUGUGUGAACCAUCCGACUGGAAUAGGUUCUCCAACAGUUUGAACAACAUCAUAAAGACAGUCAUUGAUCGAAAAGACCUUUCGGAGUAUGAGCGCACCGUUCGUCAACUUUCUGAUGAAAAUCAGAAUAUGAAGCAGAAGAUUGUUAGUCUAGAAACAGAGCACGCAACGGCGCUGGAACAGGAAAAAAUCAAACUAAAGGAUGAGUGGGAACGUGAGGCAUCUCAGUACAAAAAACAAAUUUCUGAGUUGGUAAUACACAAGGAACUGGCCGCCUCUGAAGCAUCCAUUAGAAAUGAUCAGCUGCAAUCUCGGUUGGAUCGCGCACAUGAGGAAAUCGAAACUCGCAGCAAUGCUUUGAAAGCGCAAUAUGAAAAGCUUUUGAAAACGCUAAGCGAACAGAAACAACAGCUGCGAGAGGAAAACGCAAUCCUCCAAAAGCGCGAGGAAAAAUUACGGGAACAGCUGGAACACAUUCAAAACCAUUCCACUAAUUACCUGCUAGGCCAAGGAACAACUCUUACCCCGACCGGAUGCCAACGGUAUUCCCAGGUUGUUGAGACUAUUCCCUUCGGGAAUAGACAGCGGGCGAGUAAGGAAAACGCUAACAGAUUAGGUAGUCAGCGUGGUUCACAAAUGGUGAAUGGGGCCAACGGAGCUAGUGCUGCUUCGUCGAAUAAUACUAGCGUCAUUGAGCUGGCUGAAGCAUCCUCAUCUUCGGGAUUUGGUAGAUCCUACCGAAACAGACCGAAUCCAUCGGACAGUCCGCCACAUCCGGGUUCCGGAGGGCAUAUUACAAAGCCGCGACGAAAGAGGAAACUCUUUAACCCGACGGUUGUAGAUACGAGUUGA